AUGUCUUUAAAGACUCCAAAAAAUUUCAAGGUUAUUGAUGUUUCUGAUACUGAGUCUGAUUCAGAACCUUCUUACGAAAAACAUGAAAUAGCUAAAACUGAAAUUAAAGAAGAAAAAGAAAAGAAAGAAGAACAUAAACAUAGUAAAAAAGAUAAAAAAGAACAUAGUAAAAAAGAUAAAAAGGAGAAGAAAAAAGAUAAAAAGGAAAAGAAAAAAGAAAAAGAUAAUGAUAAUGAUAAGGAAGAAGAGCAAAAAGAAAAAAAUAUUACUGAAGUUACUAAAAUGGAAGAAGACACUAAAGAAGAAAUAACAAAAGAUGAAAAAGAAGAGUCAGUAAACGAUAAAAAAGAAGAACAAGUAAAAAAAGAAGAAAGUCAUGAAAAAGAAAAAGAAGAAUUAGUUGAUGAUAAAAAGGAAGAGUUAGUCAAUGAUAAAAAGGAAGAAUUAGUAAACGAUAAAAAGAAAGAAGAGAUAAAAGAAGAAGAAAAAACACAAAAAAAGGAAAUUAACAAAGACAAAAUUAAAAAAGAAGAGCCUCAAGAAGAAGAGGUAUUAAAGAGAAAUAAAAAAACAGUAAAACAAGAAGAAAAGGAUAAACAAAAGAAGGAUGAGGAGAAGAAGUAUAUUAGUGUUUGUGUUCAAGGAAUUCCUAAACAAUGGAAUACAAGGAAAUUUAGAGAGGAGUUUGGCGAUUAUAAUAUUGCCAAGUGUAGAAUUAUUACAUUUAAAGGAAAAAGUGAGUCAAGAGGGUUUGGAUAUCUUGACUUUUUUAAUAUUGACGAGGCACAAAGAUGUAUUGAUGAGAUGACUGGUAAAGAAUUUGAAGGAAGAACUGUUUAUCUUGAAUAUGCAAAUACAAAAAAGAAAGGAUAUAAAUAUGGAGACACAAGUGCUCCUGAAACUUCAUCUUUAAAUAAGUCUCUUCAAAAAGUAUGUUUUAAAUGUGGAAAACCAGGACAUAUUGGAAGAGACUGUUCUCAACCAGACGAUAAGGUUUGUUUCUAUUGUGGUAAGCCAGGGCAUAUUGGAAAAAAUUGUCCUGAACAAGAAGUUCCAGAAAGUUCUGAUCAAGCUACAUGUUAUAAAUGUGGACAAGUAGGCCAUAAGAGUAUGGACUGUCCAGAAAAUACUGAAGGUGGGUUUAAACGAAAGUCAAAUAAUCAUACUGAAGACACUGGAAAGCAUAUAAGGUUUGAUGAUUAA